AUGGAGACACCCAGCCCACCCAGGAAGGGGAGGCUCCGGCCCACGCUGGUGCUGGCGACCCUGAGCGCGGCCUUCGGCUCGGCCUUCCAGUACGGCUACAACCUCGCCGUGGUCAACACGCCGCACAAGGUCCUGAAGGCGUUUUACAACGACACCUACUUCGAGCGCCACGGGACCGUCCCGAGCGAGACAGACGCACUGCUGCUGUGGUCCUGCACCGUCUCCAUGUUUCCCCUGGGCGGCCUGCUGGGGUCGCUGGCGGUGGGCCCGCUGGUGGACAGAUGCGGCAGAAAGGGCACCUUGCUGAUCAACAACAUCUUCGCCAUCGUCCCCGCCAUCCUGAUGGGAGUCAGCAAAGUGGCCAAGGCUUUCGAGCUGAUCAUCUUUUCCCGAGUGGUGCUGGGAGUCUGCGCAGGCAUCUCCUACAGCGCCCUUCCCAUGUACCUGGGAGAGCUGGCUCCCAAGAACCUCCGGGGCACGCUGGGCACGAUGACCGAGGUUUUCGUCAUCCUGGGAAUCUUCCUGGCGCAGAUCUUCAGCCUGCAGGCCAUCCUGGGCAACCCCACAGGCUGGCCGGUGCUCCUGGCGCUCACGGGGGUCCCCGCGCUGCUGCAGCUGCUGACCCUGCCCUUCUUCCCCAAGAGCCCGCGGUACACCCUGAUCCAGAAAGGCGACGAGGACACAGCGCGACAAGCUCUGAGGACGCUGAGGGGCUGGGCCAACGUGGAGGACGAGAUCGAGGAAAUGCGUGCGGAGGACCAGGCGGAGAGGGCCGAGGGCCGCCUGUCCGUGCUCAACCUGCUCACCUUCCGGCCGCUGCGGUGGCAGCUCGUCUCCAUCGUGGUGCUCAUGGCCGGCCAGCAGCUCUCCGGCGUCAACGCGAUCAACUACUACGCGGACAUGAUCUACACGUCGGCUGGCGUGGAUGCCGCUCACUCCCAGUACGUGACCGUGGGCGCCGGCGUGGUCAACAUCGUGAUGACCGUCGUCUCGGCUGGCACCGUUGAAUGUCUGGGGAGACGGCGCCUCCUGCUGGUCGGCUACGGCAUCUGCGGCUCCGCCUGCCUCACACUGACGCUGGCGCUGCUCUUCCAGAGCUCGGUCCCGGAGCUGUCCUACCUCAGCGUCAUCUGUGUCUUCGCCUACAUCUCGGGACAUUCCAUCGGGCCCAGUCCCGUCCCCUCCGUGGUGAGGACCGAGAUCUUCCUGCAGUCCUCCCGGCCGGCCGCCUUCAUGGUGGACGGGGCUGUGCACUGGCUCACCAACUUCAUCGUGGGCUUCGUGUUCCCCUCCAUCCAGGAGGCCAUCGGGGCCUACAGCUUCAUUGUGUUUGCCUGCAUCUGCCUCCUCACCGCUGUCUACAUCUACGUGGUGAUUCCCGAGACCAAGGGCCGCACGUUCGUGGAGAUAAACCGGAUUUUCGCCAAGAGAAACAGAGUGGAGAUUCCGGAGAAAGAAGACAUCCCAGCUGUCGGGCCUCACACACUGUCUCCACCCGCCAAGGAAACUUCCUUUUAG